AUGUUACUUUUGGAUGCAAAUGACCAUCAAUUACUUCAAAAUUUCUUUGAUAUUGAACCAAACAGUAGACAUGUGAGCAUAUCAACUAUAAUAUUUCCUCUGAAGAAAUCACAUAUCUCUUAUUUGAAUUUAUUACAGAUCACAUGGGCAAGACAUAUAUGGAAAGCAACAAAGGAUCAACUGAUAAUAGACGAAGAUAUUACUUUGUUACAACAUCGUCUUCUAUCUACAGCAUUAAUACCAACAUCUGAUUUACUUCAUAAAAUCAUCAAUAAUAUUAACACUAAAAUUCAAAAACUCAAGGAUUCCUUAACAAAUUCAACAACAACUUUUAGUUCAUCGAACUGCAUUGAAACGCUGAUAAAUUUGAAGAAAGAUAUUAUUCAAGAAGCUAUCUUUAUCCAUGAGAAAGAACAUGAACAAAUCCAAACAAUUAUACAUGCAGAACAGAACAAGUUUUUUGUUCAAAAUAGAUAUAUGGAAUCAACAUCGGAAUAUCAGAAAUGUGUGAAUGAGGCUAUCGAACAACGUCGACAACAUAUGAUCGAACGUGCAAACUAUGCAAAACAAUUCCUUUUAUUAGCAUCAUUCAAUCUAACAGAUAAUCGACAAUCAACGAACGAUUCGUAG